GAUGGGCUGCUACAUGUGUCAUAAACAUAUCCGGUCAUUCUGAUAGUAUUGUUCAGUCGAUAUUAGGCUACACUCUGUCUGACUGAACUCACAUGUGCAUAUUGCGUUCGGGCUUCAAGUUGAAUUGUUUCUCAUUGCAGGAUUAAUGUAGCACUGUCUCUUUAAAAAAAAAAGUACCUCAUAUUGUCCAGGAAGUUGUCACGUAAUCGGAGGACGGCGUUCAUUGUUUGUAUCCGAUAGGUCGAAGGUAAUAGGUAUACUGUUACUUUGUAGCAGAGUGUUGCAAUUAUCUUACUUUAACCUAUUCUAUAUCCUUCCUCCAUGAUUUCAAUCAUGAACAGGGUGCAGUUGAAACGCUCGAACAUCUUGAGAAUGGCUCUAGCAGGCUCGGACUCCAUGGAAGAAGGAAAAGGCGAGACGUUUCUACUUAAAGCCAUCAAAAUAGGUGGUGUGGUCGUACUUUAUUGGUUCAUUUCAAUAACCAUGGUGUUCUUAAAUAACUACUUGCUAGACAGUAAAGAUUUGGACGCGCCGCUAUUUGUGACAUUUUACCAGUGCCUUGUGACUGUCGGACUGUGCUAUGGCAUGCACUUGCUAUCCCACUUAUGUCCGGGUGUCAUCGACUUCCCCUCCGUCAAGUUCGACCUAAAGGUAUGCCGGGAGGUUCUACCCCUGUCCAUCGUGUUCAUUGGAAUGAUAACCUUCAACAACUUGUGCCUGAAGCAUGUAGGGGUGGCCUUCUACACUGUCGGCAGGUCACUCAGCACAGUCUUCAACGUUCUACUCUCCUACGUGAUCCUCAAGCAAACGACGUCCUUCUACGCCAUCCUGUGUUGUGGAAUUAUUCUAGGUGGAUUCUGGUUGGGUGUGGACCAGGAAGGUGUGGCGGGCUCCCUGUCGUGGACGGGUGUGUUUUUCGGUGUGCUGGCCAGCGCCUGCGUCUCCCUCAACGCCAUCUUCACCAAGCGGGUCAUGCCGGCGGUAGACGGAAACAUCUGGAAGCUCUCCUUCUACAACAACAUCAACGCCUGCAUCCUCUUCCUCCCACUCAUCCUCGUCUUCGGUGAGGUCGGCCACCUCGUUCAUUUCAGCCGCCUGGGUGACCCUACAUUCUGGGGCAUGAUGACGCUGGGCGGCGUGUUCGGUUUCGCCAUCGGCUACGUGACGGGCCUCCAAAUCAAGUUCACGAGCCCGCUGACGCACAACGUGUCGGGGACGGCCAAGGCCUGCGCUCAGACGGUCAUCGCUGUGGUCUAUAACCAGUCCAGUAAAAGUUUCCUGUGGUGGACUAGUAACCUGAUGGUCCUUGGUGGGUCUUCUGCCUACACCUGGGUCAAAGGCAUGGAGAUGAAGAAGGUCCAUAUUCCCCAGGAGGAGUCCAAAGUGAAACUGCUAGGGGAGAAGAGUGAUGCCGGGGUAUAGUGGGACUAGGAUGACCUUCUGCCAUGGUGGUGGUGACGGUGACCCGGGGGUAUAGCGGGAUGAGGAUGACCUUCCACCGUGGUGGUGGUGGUGACCCGGGGGUAUAGCGGGAUGAGGAUGACCUUCUGCCAUGGUGGUGGUGGUGACGGUGACCCGCUGGUGACAGAAGACAAUGUAAACACUAAGGCCUAACCACGGAGUUGUUUCUACAGCGAUGUUCUGUUGGAACAGUUGGGCUGUGUGCUGUCAAUAUGAAUGAAUGUUACUAUAGUAACACAAACAGAGGUGUAGGAAGGCUACGGGGUAAUUUUGUUACUCAGUGGGACCUUAUUGUUUUAUCAUUUCCUUAGGUCAUUUUGUCCAAUUCUGUUAUUUAUUCAGUGUGUGGGGGGGUCAUGAAUUAUAACCUAAAUCAUUCCUGUCUCUUCUUUCAGAACAUUAUUCAUAUGUCCGUAGGAUAGUAUCUAAAUCAAGUGACUUUCCUGUUAGCCUGUAUGUGUCAUCAGGAAUGUGACGCAAAACUGCAAUAUGACAGUUUUCUGGCAAGUGGGGCUCUUAUGUUGGGUAUACAGUUUGCAUAUGGAGGGUGGAGACCGACUGUAAGGC